CAAGGUCGAACCCUUGCCUCUCCUGUCAAAUCAAUCGUACACCUGGGCGUAGCCGAUUUUUUAUUCUGACCCUAGCCCUUCUCCAAUUCGCCCAGACCGGAUUAAAAGCCUUGAAGAACAGCGUAGAAAGAAUGCCUCAGAGCUCAUCAUCAUCGAAGAAACACGGGACCGAUCAGCCGGACAUUGGUGGGCCCGCCUCCAAAUCACAGAGGACCAAAAUGGUCAAAUCUUCCGAUGAUACUGAAAAAAAGAACUUAGCUAAGAAGCUCAAAGAGCUGGAAAUAAGUGUGCCUAUUGUGUAUGGUAAUAUUGCAUUUUGGCUCGGUAAGAAGGCUAGCGAGUACCAAUCUCACAAGUGGACUGUUUAUGUUCGAGGAGGAACGAAUGAGGAUAUCAGUGUGGUAGUGAAGCGUGUUGUUUUUCAAUUGCAUUCCAGCUUUAAUAAUCCCACAAGGGUUGUUGACGGCCCACCUUUCGAGCUGUCUGAAUCAGGGUGGGGUGAAUUUGAAAUUGUCAUAACCCUUCAUUUCCAUAAUGAUGUUUGCGAGAAGCCGUUGCACUUAUACCAUCAUUUGAAGUUGUAUCCAGAGGACGAUUCUGGUCCAAUGUCCACCAAAAAACCAGUCGUCGUGGAAUCCUAUGAUGAAAUUGUAUUUACUGAGCCUUCAGAAGGUUUUUUCUCUCGCGUGCAGAAUCACCCAGCUGUUGUUGUGCCUAGACUGCCCGCUGGUUUUGCUUUGCCUCCUCCUGUGCCAUUGGAGGAUGCAGAUAAAAGGAGAAGAGGCGACACUAAAGAUCACACCUUAAGUCAGUGGUUCUCAAAUUUCUCAGAGGCUGAUGAACUGUUAAAACUUGCAGCAGCUCGUCAGCAGGUACAAGCUCAUAUUGCAACACUCAGAAGGCAAUUGAGUUUGAUAGAUGGGCAGCACCAACAGCUGAAAUCUGCCUCUGACAUGUAAACCUAUGCCACACUUCUCAUAAUUGUAAUUUUUGCCAUUAUGAAAAUUUGAUAUUUUGUGAUAAUAUGAAUAAUGCUAUGUUUAUAAAUUU